AUGGCCGACAAGGAGAACGCGGCCCCCGCCGCGGCGGCGGGCCCCCGGCUCACCCGUGCCGCGGCCAAGCGCGCCGCCACCUGCUCCGCGGGCCCCUCCGGCGGCGCCAAGCGGAAGCGGGUGGCGCUCAGCGAGCUCCCCAUCGUCUCCAACGCGGGGAUCGUCCUCCGCCAGCCGUCGAAGCCAGCCAAGCCCGCGGCUGCGGCCGAGGGGGAGGAGGAGCACGGGGACGUGAGCAGGUGCGCGUCCACCUCGCCGACCCUCGCCAGGGAGGAGGUCAGCGGCGGCGGCGGCGGCGAAACCCAGCUCAGCGGGUCCUACGCCUCCGACAUCUACACCUACCUCCGCACUAUGGAGGUGGAGGCGCCGCGCCGGCCAGCGGCUGACUAUAUCGAGGCGGUGCAGACGGACGUGACGGCGAACAUGCGGGCUAUCCUAAUCGACUGGCUCGUCGAGGUCGCCGAGGAGUACAAGCUCGUUGCCGACACGCUUUACCUCACCGUCUCCUAUGUCGACCGCUUCCUCUCUGCCAACCCUCUCGGGCGCAACAAGCUGCAGCUCCUUGGCGUCGCCGCAAUGCUCAUUGCUUCGAAGUACGAGGAGAUCAGUCCCCCGCAUGUGGAGGACUUCUGCUACAUCACGGACAACACCUACACCAGGCAGGAGCUUCUCACCAUGGAGAGCGACAUACUCAAGCUCCUCAACUUCGAGAUAGGCAGUCCGACCAUCAAGACCUUCCUCAGGCGGUUUACAAGAUCUGGCCCAGAAGACAAGAAGCGCUCCAGCUUAUUACUGGAGUUCAUGGGUAGCUAUCUUGCUGAGCUGAGUCUUCUGGACUACAGCUGUCUCUGGUUCUUGCCAUCAGUGGUUGCUGCUUCAUCACUUUUUCUUGCUAGGCUGACCAUUGGACCAGACACUAAUCCGUGGGGCAAGGAAAUGCAUAAACUGACAGGCUACAAGGCAUCAGAGCUGAAGGAUUGCAUUAUAGCCAUACAUGAUUUGCAGCUCAGUAGAAAGGGUCCAUCUUUACCAGCAAUUCGAGACAAGUAUAAGCAACACAGGUUCAAAUGUGUAUCGAUGUUGCUUCCUCCUGUCGAGAUCCCUGCAUUGUACUUCCAAGACUUAACAGAGUAG